CAUUCUGCGCCUGGGCGCUCUGCGCCGACACUCGGUUGGCUUGGCGCCGACGCUGGUUGGCUCGGCGUUAGGCGCCGGGCCCAGGCGCUGGGCGCUAGGCAUUGGGCGUUAGUGCUGGCGCAUGCUCGGGUGCUAGCGUUGGUGCUCGGGCUUGGGCGCUCGGCACUAGACAAUGGGCGUUAG